AUGGGGGCGUGCCACGGCGUGGCCCUUGAUGCUUUGCUUCUUCCGUUUCAGAAAUAUCGUUACCAAGAUGAAGACAGCCCUCCGUUGGAGCAUAGCCCUGCCCACCUUCCCAACCAGGUAAAGGCCCCCGAGCUGGUCCACGUGGCGGAGAAGAACCUAUCCCAGAUCGAGAGCGUCCACGGCUACGUGUCUCACUCGCACAUCUCCCCCAUGAAGGCUAAUUCCCCACCGGUAAUCGUCAACACAGAUACCUUAGAAGCACCAGCUUAUGUAAAUGGAACGGAAGGUGCGCGCGAAUACGAGGAGAUAACACUAGAACGGGGUAACUCCGGUUUGGGGUUCAGUAUCGCCGGCGGCACUGACAACCCCCACGUCGGGGACGAUCCCAGCAUCUUCAUUACCAAAAUCAUUCCCGGGGGAGCUGCUGCUCAGGACGGAAGGCUUAGGGUGAACGACAGCAUCCUCUUCGUGAACGACGUGGACGUGAGGGAGGUGACGCACAGCACGGCCGUGGAGGCGUUGAAGGAGGCCGGCUCCAUCGUGCGUCUCUACGUCAUGCGCAGGAAACCUCUGGCCGAGAAGAUGAUGGAGAUCAAGCUCAUCAAGGGCCCCAAAGGUCUGGGCUUCAGCAUCGCGGGCGGCGUCGGCAACCAGCACAUCCCCGGGGACAACAGUAUCUACGUCACCAAAAUCAUCGAGGGGGGUGCAGCCCACAAGGAUGGGCGGCUGCAGAUUGGAGACAAGAUCCUGGCGGUGAACAACGUGAGUUUAGAAGACGUCAUGCACGAAGACGCCGUGGCGGCCUUGAAGAACACGUAUGACGUGGUCUACCUGAAGGUGGCCAAGCCCACCAAUGUCUACCUGAACGAUUCAUACGCCCCGCCCGACAUCACUUCCUCUUACUCCCAACACCUGGACAACGAAAUUGGUCACCAGAGCUACCUGGGCAGCGAGUACCCCCAAGCCAUGACCCCCACCUCCCCACGGAGGUACUCUCCCAUCCCGAAGGAGCUGAUGGGGGAGGAGGACAUACCCAGGGAACCACGCCGGAUCGUCAUUCACCGCGGCUCCACAGGGCUGGGCUUCAACAUCGUGGGGGGCGAAGAUGGGGAAGGGAUCUUCAUUUCCUUCAUCCUGGCCGGGGGACCGGCUGACCUCAGUGGAGAACUCCGGAAGGGAGACCAGAUCCUCUCGGUCAAUGGUGUGGAUCUUAGGAACGCGACACACGAGCAAGCGGCCAUUGCGCUGAAGAACGCCGGGCAGACGGUCACCAUCAUUGCACAGUAUAAGCCGGAGGAGUACAGCCGCUUCGAGGCCAAGAUCCACGACCUCCGGGAACAGCUGAUGAACAGCAGUUUGGGCUCAGGGACGGCUUCACUGCGGAGUAAUCCCAAGAGAGGAUUCUACAUCCGGGCGCUCUUUGAUUACGACAAGACCAAGGACUGCGGCUUCCUGAGCCAAGCACUGAGCUUCCAUUUCGGCGACGUCCUGCACGUCAUCGAUGCGUCCGACGAGGAGUGGUGGCAAGCGCGGCGCGUCCACCCGGACGGCGACAGCGACGAGAUCGGCUUUAUCCCCAGCAAGAGACGGGUGGAGCGAAGGGAAUGGACAAGACUAAAAGCAAAAGAUCGGGUGCCAGGAUCAGGCUCUCAAGGUCGGGAAGAUGCCGUCUUGAGCUACGAAACCGUCGUACAGAUGGAAGUUCACUACGCCCGGCCCAUCAUUAUUUUGGGACCCACCAAGGACCGCGUCAACGACGACCUCCUCUCCGAAUUCCCGGACAAAUUCGGCUCCUGCGUCCCCCACACCACACGGCCGAAGCGGGAGUACGAGGUCGACGGGCGGGACUACCAUUUUGUGGCCUCACGGGAGAAGAUGGAGAAGGACAUCCAGAGCCACAAAUUCAUCGAGGCUGGCCAAUAUAACAGCCACCUGUACGGGACGAGCGUCCAGUCGGUCCGCGAGGUGGCCGAGCAGGGCAAACACUGCAUUCUGGACGUGUCGGCCAACGCCGUGCGGAGGCUGCAGGCGGCUCAGCUGCACCCAAUCGCCAUUUUCAUCCGGCCACGCUCCCUCGAGAAUGUCCUAGAAAUUAACAAGCGGAUAACGGAGGAGCAGGCACGGAAAGCCUUCGACAGAGCUACUAAACUUGAGCAGGAGUUUACAGAAUGCUUCUCAGCCAUCGUAGAAGGCGAGAGCUUCGAGGAGAUCUACCACAAGAUCAAGAGAAUCAUCGAGGAGCUCUCCGGCCCUUACAUCUGGAUCCCGGCUCGGGAGAGACUUUAGGAGCUUUAACGAACUGCAUUUUCCCGGGGAAGGGAUCGUUGGGGGGAAAAAAAACAACACAACGACGGCGGGGAAACUCUGCAAGCGAGCCGUCUCCAGAGGAGGGGGAACCACCUCUAUUUUGCCACUGAACUUAGCUGUUUGGUUAAUAUUUGGGCGACGGGGCGGGGAGGGUUUAGGGUCGAGCUACUUUCGUUUCUUCCUUUAAUUCUUUAAUAUUCUCAUAUGAUUAUUAUGAUUAUUAUUAUUUUUGUUCUCUCUUCUUGCGUGAUCCGGCCACCCCAUAUGUUGACCCGAGUUGAAAACGCUCCCAUUUUUCUUUUUCCCGGCCAUGGGGGUGCCUUCCAUUUCCCCCCCCAAUUCUUCACCCUGACACCACCACCCCCAACACAGCCCUAGCGCAUGCAUGCUGUCCUUUGGGGAGGGGGCUGAUGGGGAGGAAAGAAAAAGACCGGGGGAGGCUGUUCCUCGGAGCCCGAUGAUGCUCAUUCUCCAAGAGGACGGGCGGCCCGUGCACAGGGAACAACCCUUAGGAAAGGUAGGCAGAAAAAGAAAAAACAAAUUUAGGGAGAUCUGGCGCUGUCUCUCUUUUCUUUUCUUUUCCUUCCCCCCCCCCCCGAAACAACUUUCUACAAUGAGAAGCCACUUUUGAUACAUUUUGCCUUUUAGUGGAGGGGGGUUCUUCCCUGUCUCGCAGGUGGAGCCUCGUUAAAGCAGAAAAGUCGUAUCGGAAGCGCAGGGAGAAAGAAAAAGCCAUCCCUGCAUAUUUAAAGGUGUCAAAAUGAGAAGCAAAUUCACAAUGCGCAGUCUGCUUUUUUCCCCCUAAAAAAAACAAAAAAACAAAAAGAAGGGGAAAAGACCUCUAUUUUUCCCCUAGGAAGGAAAAAAUUAAGUUUCCAUUCCUUUCCUCUGUAUUUUACAGCGAUUGGGACAGUUGAAAUAAGCACAGAUCCAGAAAGACUAAUGAGGAGCAAACAUAAAUCUUGCUUAUAACAGUGUGGCCUGACAACUUUGGAAUAGAUAUUACCGUCCUUAUUUCCAAUUGAAUUUUUCUCUCUUUUCAAUUUCUCUUUCAUUUUUUUAUUUAUUUUUUUCCUCUUCUUCUGUGCAUGAAAGGUUCCUUGUGGCUUCAAGAGAAAAACUUUAAAAAAGCAAAUCCUGAACCGUUUUGCUGAAACAGUGAUCUAUAUUUUUCUUUCCAGGGGAGGGGAGGGAGGAUGUGUGUGUGUGUGCGUGAGAGAGAGAGAGAGAGAGAGGGAGAGAAGAUAAAAAGGGGGAAAAAAAGAAAUAGAGUUUUUUGCUGUCCUGUGACUAUUUUUGGGGGGUCAUAUCAAGUAUUUUGGUGUGGCUGUACGUGUGAUGUAUGAAAAAAAAAUUACGAUGAAAAAGAGAACCGUUUUUUGGGGGGUGGGCGUUCUGUUUCAGAAGACUGCUUUGGUUUCACAUAGGAUGAUUUUCAUUUCCAAAUCUAAUGGAUUAUUAUUUUUUUGUAUAUAAA